UUCAGUUCGGGCGAGAGAAUUGAGCCGAGUUUGACGUGUGCAGUCUUCAAUUCAAUAAAGCCAUGCUUAACAAAUUGCUGAUUGUUGCAUUCCUUGUUAUUAUUCCGAUUGUGCUUUCUAAGAAGUUCGAAGGGGAAGAAAAACCGGCAUGGGCAAAGAAGGAUAUCCGCGAUUACACCGAUGCUGAUUUAGAACGUUUGUUGGACCAGUGGGAGGAAGAUGAAGAACCUCUGGAAGCGGAUGAGCUACCCGAGCAUUUACGGCCUCAGCCGAAGCUAGAUCUCUCCAACUUGGACAGUAAAAAUCCUGAAGAACUGCUCAAAGUUUCGAAAAAAGGCCGCACGUUAAUGACCUUUGUGACGGUCAGCGGGAACCCGACGCGAGAGGAAAGUGAAUCUAUAACGAAGCUCUGGCAGACGAGUCUUUGGAAUAAUCACAUACAAGCGGAGCGUUACAUGGUUGACGACAAUCGCGCUAUAUUUCUCUUUAAGGAUGGCGCACAAGCCUGGGAAGCGAAAGACUUUCUGGUGGAGCAAGAACGCUGUAAAGGCGUCACCAUCGAGAAUAAGGAAUAUACAGGAACACAUGCAAAAGACGAAUUGUAGGGGUAUACAUUUCAUUAAUAAAAUCGAACAAAUUGAACAGUUUGUCCAUUCACAAUAGACA